AUGGCAAAAGUUAGUCCAAAUAAUUCCGUUCUUGAAACACAAAGUAAAAAUAUUACUUCGACUAAAAAUGAGAUAAUUCAGCGACAAAGUCAAACUUCAUCUACUGAACUUCCGCUGACAACAAUAUCAAAAGCACUAUUACCAUUAUCGGCACCGCCUGCACCAUUAUCAACAUUGGCACAUGCUGUAAUUCGUAUUCCUCAAGAAUCGAAUCAAUGUAAGCCUGCAUUCGUAUCGAUUAUUGAAUCGCGAAUAAAAAGUUAUAAGAAAUGGUUCUGUUUUACGUCUGCUGUAUUCAUUAUUCUUAGCAUUUGUUUUAUUAUGGGUGGAUCCGCAGGGAUUUUUGAAAUGCAUUAUUCCGACAAUGAAAAUUCUGCAAUUUUAAUAGUUGGAUCUGUUUGUUUGAUUGUAGUAGGUCUUAUUAUUUAUCCAUGUCGAUUUUGGUAUAAACGAAGAAGCCUCAUCCAACAAAUUAAAGUCUUGAAUGAUCCUCUGAUCGCUUGGAAGUUAGACUGUGCAACUUGGCGUCAAUACAUGGAAUACCUUCAUUGUGAUCCAAGAACAGACCAUAGACAUUUUCUGAAUGUUGGUCAGCGAUAUUCUUGUAUAACAUGUAAAUGUCGAACAUCGUAUAUAAAAACUAUCAAUCGUAACGGUGGCUAUUUACUACUGUACAAUCAAUGUCUGAUGAUUGAUGAUUUUUACUAUAGAGAGUUUCCAGUCAUAAGCGAUCCAUUGACUAUCAUAAGCAACAUGAACGAGCCAAUGAUCGUGCGAAUACCGAUGGCACUUGCUGGAUUGUACGUCGAUUUCAUGGUUCCUAGCGAAAUGACAGAAAAUAAUCUCAAUUAUGAGAUAGAUGAAAUCAAUAUCAAAGUCAGACAGAAGAAGGAACAAGCAGCCUUUCCCUUCGAUGUAUUUGGUUUUAUUGAUAAUUUUCGCAUGGCAUUGAACAAAGAUUAUGAAGGUAAAAUUUCUGACGAUUCAGAAGCAACAGCAAGUGAAGAAUUUCCCAGUUUCCGAGACAAGCCAGCUACUAAUAUCAAAGAAUAA